GACACCAGCCCACGCCUGGACCCUCUCCUCUGCCCAGACUUGCUGGGGACCGGCUGGGGGAUGUGACCAGCUCUUGUCUCUCUUUGUAGCCUGGAGAAAGUUUCUGCUUCCCCAUCAUCCAGACGUGGUGACCCUGGAUCCAAACUCGGCUCAUCCUGAACUUGUCCUGUCAGCGGAUGGGAGAAGUGUGAGAAGGGGAAGAGCACGGCAGGACCUGCCCGACACCCCUGAGAGAUUUGACACUCGAAGGUUUUCGAACAUCAGUGUUGAAAAUACGGAACCUCAGCUCAUUGCAUGGGGGAAGGAGACUGAAGUCACUCGCACAGGCAGGAAUUCUGCACCUGAAACUACACAAAGGUUGGAUUUACUGGGCAGCCUGGUGCCUCCCGCAGCUCGUGCCCGUCCGCUCCGCAUGCAGAUGUGGCUCCCCGCGAGCCCCGGGGGCCUUCUGAGUUAUUUGGUGACUCUCCACGUCCUGCGGCUGGGAUCAGCUGACUUCAGCGUGGUGGGACCAGGCCACUCUCUCCAAGUCACUGUGGGGCAGGACGUCGUGCUGCCAUGUCACUUGUCCCCCAGCAUGGACACUCGGAGCUUGGACAUCAGGUGGAUCCGGCCCCGGUUCUCCAAAACGGUGCACCACUACCGAAAUGGAGAGGACCUGUACAGUGAACAGCUGAGGGAAUAUGUUGGGAGGACAGAGUUGGUCAGGGAUGGUCUCUCCCGUGGACGCCUGGACUUGCGAAUCUCUGGGUUGAGACCCUCUGAUGAUGGUCAGUACGUCUGCACUGUGACAGAUGGUGCCUCUUAUGGAGAAGCUACGGUGAAGCUGGAGGUGGCAGCCACUGGCUCUUGCCCUCAGCUCUCCCUGGAGGCUUACAAGGAUGGAGGCAUGCGGAUGGUGUGUCGAUCGGCCGGCUGGUACCCACAGCCGGAGGUGCUGUGGAAAGAUCCUGAUGGGCAGCAUCUCCCCUCAGUCUCCCAGAGUCAUUCCUCAGAUGCGAGGGGCCUAUUUGGCAUCGAAGGCGUCAUCGUUGUGUCCAAUGGGAACAGACUUGGGAAGUGGUCCUGCGUGGUCAGGAACAGCCGCCUCAACCAGGAGCAGGAGACGUCCCUGCACAUCUCAGCUCCCUUUUUCCACAAUGCCCGUCCCUGGAUGGUUGGUGUGGGUGUGGUCCUCCUGCUUUUAGUGGUGUUCCUUGGCCUCGCUGCUUAUCUGUGGAGAAGGAAAGUGCUGCAGUCCAGAGAGCUGGAGACAACAGUUGCAGGACUGAAGGCCUGGAGAAAGUUUCUGCUUCCCCAUCAUCCAGACGUGGUGACCCUGGAUCCAAACUCGGCUCAUCCUGAACUUGUCCUGUCAGCGGAUGGGAGAAGUGGGCUGGUGACUUUCAUUGAUGCUGACAAUGGGGUCGAGAUCUUCACUUUCCCACCAGCCUCAUUCAAUGCAGAGACCAUCCAUCCCUGGUUUUGGGUGGUGUCGUGA